AUGUCGCAUGAGAACUUACGAGGAUUUACGUAUUCGUACGCGUCUGACCCGAGCCUUGACCAGUGGAUGCGCAGCCAACCGCUGAGCAUCCUCAAGCUCGACCCUGCUGACCGCAUCGUGCUCAAAAUCGCCGGUAUGGUGUUUCCACUGCAAGAAAAUCAAAAGAUCGCUGGCUUGAUAUUUUGUAGCCACAACAUGAUCAUCAUUUCAUCGCGAACGAGUAUCUUUCGAAAGUUCGCUCAGCACACGUAUUUCAUGUACUAUGUUCUCACCAUUUCGUAG